GUGAUACAACUGACAGCUCUGUACCACGCCUUGGUAGGCUACUGGCUAUAUUAGCAGUCAGCACUAAUUCUCGCAUAUUUGCCAACUGUCACAAUAGCAUAUUGUUGUUAACUACGACUGCACAGAGAGGACGUCGAGUUUUUCUUGAGUCGGCAUUAAAAGCUCGGGAUGUAUUUCAAUCCAUGAACAUCAUUGAGAUUAUUUAUUUAUUUAUUUGGUAAAACAUUUCUUUCUUUCUUUUUUACGGAGGAGCGACUUCAAACCUUUACCAUGCAUAAUGGACGAGUUGACAACCUCUUCGUUUAAAACUACCGGUUCCAAAUGGUUGCUUCCAGUCAGCGAUUUCUUUGGAUUCCCAUUGGAUCAGGUGAACUUCUUGGCAUGUCAGGUGUUUGCCCUUGGUGCAGCCUUCUGGUUCCGCCUUUACCUCAGCCCUCAGUUUUCCAGCCCCGUGGUCCGCCAUGCCGUCGCCACACUCUUUGGCCUCUCCUUUGUCAUAUUCUGUUUUGGCUGGUAUGCAGUCCAUAUCUCCGUCUUGGUGAUGGUUUGCUACAGGAUUCUGGUCACAGCUGACAUCCACAACAUUCACAGGUAUACUAUGAUCAUGGCCGUCAGCUACCUCGCAGUGUGUCAGGUGAGCAGAGUCUUCAUCUAUAACUAUGGGAUCCUCUCAACAGACUUCUCUGGGCCGUUGAUGAUAAUUACUCAGAAAACCACUAUGUUAGCUUUCCAAGUGCAUGAUGGUAUGUGUAAAAAGCGCGAGGACCUCACGGCCGAUCAGAGGCUCCAUGCUGUAGACUCCAAGCCGUCUCUGAUAGAAUACCUGAGCUACAACCUGAACUUCCUCAGUAUCCUGGUGGGACCCUGCAGUCACUAUAAGGACUACAUAGACUUUAUAGAGGGGAGACACGUUCAGAGGAGGCUGAGAAGGCUUUCAGCGUCCAACACUGGACAGAAUGGAUAUGAUAAAGUCUCAGAGCCCUCACCUAUGGCUGCUGUCACACGUAAACUGCUGAUCUGUGGUGUGUGCAUGGUUUUGUUCCUAACCCUCACCAAAGCGUUCCCCAUCACAUAUAACGUUGACAGCCAUUUCGUCAACGAGGCACCUUUCCUGACCAGACUGACGUAUGCCUUCUUCUCUAUACAAGCUGCUAGACCCAAGUUCUACUUCGCCUGGGCUUUAGCGGAUGCCAUCAACAACGCAGCAGGUUAUGGUUUUAAAGGUGUGGAUGAAGCUGGACAGGUGUCCUGGGACCUCAUCUCCAACAUCAGUAUCUGGGGGAUUGAGACAGCAACUAGCUUCAAGAAGUUCAUAGAUAACUGGAAUAUUCAGACUGGUGUUUGGCUCAAAACUGUGUGUUACGACCGUGCUCCCCGUUAUCCCACAGCUCUGACCUUCAUCCUGUCAGCUCUAUGGCACGGAGUUUACCCCGGAUACUACUUCACCUUUAUUACUGCUAUACCCAUCACACUGGCAGCUAGAGCUGUCCGUAAGAACGUCCGUCAGUAUUUCCUGUCCUCUCAUCCUGUGAAGCUUGUCUAUGACGUAGUGACCUGGGCAGCUACUCAGCUGUGUAUCUGCUACACCGUCAUGCCCUUCCUACUGCUGGCAGUAGAACCUACCAUGCAAUACUACAGGUCAAUGUACUUCCACAUUCACAUCAUCAGUAUUCUGACUGUGAUUGUACUGAGCCAGAGCCACAAACCAAGAGGCAGCAGCAGCAACGGCACCAAGCCUGGACCAUACGAUCCUCAUCCCCAGGCCCAGCCUCAGCUCCAGCCCUCCAACAACAACGUGAAAAGAAAGUGAAGUGUCCCUCUGUGUGUGGAGGCAGCCAGAGACCUGAAUGGGCCCACUGGGUCAGACAAAGACGUCUCUGUGUAUCCACAACAAAGAGAGAGCUCAGCGGGGUGUAGGGGGGGGCUCAGAGGGGCUCAGAGGGGCCGAGGGACUGUGCCUGCUGGCUGGUCGGCCUUGCCACCCUGUACAUCCAACACUUCUACUGCCAGGCUCCUAAAAGGCCUCUCUCUGCCCUGCUUGCCAAUUCUCUGUUCUUUCUUUCCAAGUGUGCACUUGUUCACUUCCCUUCAUGGAUCUGAAAGGAAAGGACUGACAUACGAUCUCCCUCUAGUCCAGCCCUUAAACUCACCAAUACAACACUUUUCAUUCAAUGUGUGGGAAGCUGUGCACAAGUGAGAAAGUAUACUUCAGGAGAAAGAUCUGAGAAUUGGGCUCACAGACAGACAGAUAGACACAGACAGAUAGACACAGACAGAUAGACACAGACCCAGUCCCAGUCCCAGUCCCAGAGACAGACAGACAGAGAAACAGACAGACAGAGAAACAGACAGACAGAGAAACAGACAGACAGAGAAACAGACAGAGAAACAGACAGAGACAGACAGAGACAGACAGAGACAGACAGAGACAGACAGAGACAGACAGAGACAGACAGACAGACAGACAGACAGACAGACAGACAGACAGACAGACAGACAGACAGACAGACAGACAGACAGACAGACAGACAGACAGACAGACAGACAGACAGACAGACAGACAGACAGACAGAGAAACAGACAGAGAAACAGACAGAGAAACAGACAGAGAAACAAACAGAGAAACAGACAGAGAAACAGACAGAGAAACAGACAGAGAAACAGACAGAGAAACAGACAGACAGACAGACAGACAGACAGACAGACAGACAGACAGACAGACAGACAGACAGACAGACAGACAGACAGACAGACAGACAGACAGACAGACAGACAGACAGACAGACAGACAGACAGACAGACAGACAGACAGACAGACAGAGAAACAGACAGACAGGUCCUAGAAUUAGAUGUGGCUGGCCCAUUUCUUUUACAUCUUACAUCACUAGUUGUAGAUAUCAUGUCAAACGUGUUCAUUACCCUUACGGGUUAGUGAGAUAUUAAUGGUGUCUGUUUAUUGUUGUAUGAAUGCAGGAAACAUUAUCCCUCAGGAUGGCAGGUAGCCUCGAGGUUAGAGUGUAGGGCCAGUAACAGAGAUGAAAACUCAGGAUGGCAGGUAGCCUCGAGGUUAGAGUGUAGGGCCAGUAACAGAGAUGAAAAAUCUGUCGCUGUGCCCUUGAGCAAGGCACUUUAAACCUAAUUGAUCCAGGGGCUCUGUACAAUGUUGACCCUGACCGUGACCCCACUCCCUGCAGGUGUAUCAGGGGGAGUUGGGAUAUGGUGACCCUGACCGUGACCCCACUCCCUGCAGGUGUCUCAGGGGGAGUUGGGAUAUGGUGACCCUGACCGUGACCCCACUCCCUGCAGGUGUCUCGGGGGAGUUGGGAUAUGGUGACCCUGACCGUGACCCCACUCCCUGCAGGUGUCUCAGGGGGAGUUGGGAUAUGGUGACCCUGACCGUGACCCCACUCCCUGCAGGUGUCUCGGGGGAGUUGGGAUAUGCAAGAAAUACACUUGUGUGUGACAGGACAAAUAUACCCCCCCCCAACAAUCCUUUUGAAAGAUUCGUCCCAAAUGGCACCCUAUUCCCUGUAUAGUCCAGAUGGGUCCAGAUGGGCUCGGGUCCAGAUGGGUCCUGAUGGGCUCUGGUCCAGAUGGGUCCAGAUGGGCUCUGGUCCAGAUGGGUCCAGAUGGGCUCUGGUCCAGAUGGGUCCAGAUGGGCUCUGGUCCAGAUGGGUCCAGAUGGGCUCUGGUCCAGAUGGGUCCAGAUGGGCUCUGGUCCAGAUGGGCUCUGGUCCAGAUGGGUCCAGAUGGGCUCUGGUCCAGAUGGGUCCAGAUGGGCUCUGGUCCAGAUGGGUACAGAUGGGCUCUGGUCCAGAUGGGUACAGAUGGGCUCUGGUCCAGAUGGGUACAGAUGGGCUCUGGUCCAGAUGGGUACAGAUGGGCUCUGGUCCAGAUGGGCUCGGGUCCAGAUGGGUACAGAUGGGCUCUGGUCCAGAUGGGUACAGAUGGGCUCUGGUCCAGAUGGGUACAGAUGGGCUCUGGUCCAGAUGGGUACAGAUGGGCUCUGGUCCAGAUGGGCUCGGGUCCAGAUGGGUACAGAUGGGCUCUGGUCCAGAUGGGUACAGAUGGGCUCUGGUCCAGAUGGGUCCAGAUGGGCUCUGGUCCAGAUGGGUACAGAUGGGUCCCGGUCCAGAUGGGCCCGGGUACAGAUGGGCUCUGGUCCAGAUGGGUCCCGGUCCAGAUGGGCCCUGGUCCAAAGCAGUGUAGUGUAUAGAGAAUAGGUGCCAUUUGGAACAUAGUUAUGAGGCUCUAGUUAGGAGCUGUUUGCAUCGUUUUUAACACUGGUUUCUGUACACCAGGUCUCCUAAUAUUCAUUUCAUGUGUCUCUAUGUAUUUGAGAGGAUGGACAAGUUUACUUUUAUUUGGCAGGAAGUUGAGAUUUCAUUAAUUUGUCCGUUUAAAAAAAAAGAAAAAAAAUGUAAGUGUUGUAUUAACUUUAAAGUCUUUACAGGAAGCAGGAAGGAAACAGGAAACAGGAAGCACCAAUGACUUCUGAAGGAAAGUGUUUGGUUCUGUCCCGAAUGGCACCCUAUUGCCUGUGUAGUGCACUACCUUUUUAAACAGAGCCUUAUGGGGACGUAGACGUUGACUUUGUUUCAGGGGAUGAUGUGGAAGUCUUCUAUGCCUCAGAAGAAGGUCCAAGAUCUUCACACUACAAGAUCUUCACACUACAAGAUCUUCACACUACAAGAUCUUCACACUACAAGAUCUUCAACAUUUCAAGUCCUGAAGCAGCUGAACCACUAAUGAUGCUAAUAUGAAGAGUGUCUGGACACUACACGCUACACACACACACUACACACACAUACACGCUACACACACACUACAUACACACACGCUACACACACACUACAUACACACACACUACACACGCUACACACACUACACACGCUACACACACGCUACACACACACUACAUACACACACACUACACACGCUACACACACUACACACGCUACACACACGCUACACACAUACUACACACACAUACUACACACACACAGUACACACACCACACAGUUCACACACCACACACACUACACACACACACUACAAUUCUAGUCAGGAUACCAUAAACUGUUGAAUAUGUUGUUUUUUAUCACCCAGACGGUUUGAAUUUGUCUUUUUUUUAGUUGUAUAAUUCCACCAAUCAAGUUAUUAACCCAUAUUAAGAGCAAUAAAGAAAUAAAGAAAUUUAAAAUGA